AGUUUCUAUUUCCCAGCUGUGAGCUUUUCUAAGGAGGCGUGUCUUGAAGGAAUCGUUUUAAAAAGAACUCGCUACAACUCACUAUAGGUCAACAACGAACCUGCAAGAAACUUGGAGGAUCAGUCUUCACCAUACAAGCUGUCCAUCAUGGUGCACACUCUGAAUGAACUGCCCCAGCUAAAAUACUCCGGCUUCGGUCAGCCAUGGCCGAGACAUGGCUUGAACCUGUUGUAUUGGUUUGCUCAUGACUACAUCGACUUCAGAAAUGGGCAAAUUGUCUCCAUCUUUAGUCCUCAAGAUGGAGACUUUGGUUUCCACGAGUACCAUAACAGAAUUGAAGAUGAUGAUGAUCACAUUGUGCCCCGUCAGAAUCUCCCAUACUAUGAGGUGGGCAACCUGAACUCUCCAGGAGCAGACGAACUCCCAGAUUAUGUCAGGGCCAAUUACAGGCACAGCAAUCCUAGCAGCAACAAGGAUCGCAUUAUUGUACGUAAGGACGCCAGUGGCAACUUUAACAGAGUGUUUGUGACUGAACACAGCGACCCGAGACGCUUCGACAGCAGCAGAACCUUCAGAGUGAGCCAGGGCCUCCUCCUGAUCAUCAAGAACAUGACUCGAGAGCAGUAUCUCAAACAGACAUACAACACUCAAGAAGAUCAUCCCAGAGUCACACUACAGAGCAGUAACGUUAAUGAGACGGCGUCUGACAACAACUCCUGGUGUACCAUUCUUUGAGCUAUUAAAGAGCUGCUGACAACCUGCUUUCAUUAUAUCCGUGAUAAUUAUAUACAUUUUAUUAUUAUGUAAUGCUGAAUUGAUUAAAGCAUCUACAGUAUUAGUGAUAGGUGAGUUCGGAGUGAAUCGGAGCGAGUACACCAGCCUGACAGAGUCGCGUGAUUUCAGUAAAUGAGGCUUUGCUACAUCCUACUGUUUUGAAGCGUCUGUGGUUUGAGGAUAGUGUUGUGUUAAAUGCAUUGAAUGUGUGGUUGUAAAUGAUCUCGAGUCAUUUUUACGAGAUAAAGCUGCAGUCUGUAACUUUUUUUUGGUUAAAAAUUGUCCGAAAUUAAUUUUUCAAGCUAGUUCAUAACCAUCCAGUGUUCAAAACGAUCUCCUUACUUUAACCCGAUUCAAAACUUUAAGUUUAUAAUAAUGUUUUCUAGUUUGACUGGUACUGGUAGGAAUUCGUGAAAAUUCGAGCAUGCCUCUAUGUCAUUACGUCACAUCAGUAAACAUAAAGAAGUUGUCCCAGCUAGUAUGCUAAUUCGCACGUGAGGCGCUGGAAUAAUAACAUUUUUCAUUUUGAUGGCCGAUUGUAAUCCAGAAAGGAUUAUGUGUUUACAGGGGCUUUGCUAUGUUUUCUGGGCCCCCGGAACAUCACACUGACUCGGGGCCCCCCGGAAUCCUCGCCAGGCCCUUGGAAUCAUCCUAAACUCCCUCCCGUUACAGCGCCUGUAUGUUUAUGAAACACAUGUAAGUGACUGAAAUUAGAUUAUAUUCCCGUUUUAAAUGUACAUCUUUUUACAGAUAGCCUAUGUGGGAUUACACAAUAUUUGUAUUUUAAAGAGAACCAGUUCGAAGGAAGAAUAAUUUGCCUUUGUGUUUAAAUGAAUUUCUUUAACCUAUGUAAAAUACAAAUUGUAUGACAAUUAGAGACUAUACAGAAAUUGAAAUCUACACACUAAUACACACGUAGUCACGCAAUGCUGAUGUUGUUAACAAUAACAAUUUGAUAAUAAAAGUAUACCAAUAAUAGUAAUUUGCACGGUUUUCUGUAAUACAAGCUAAAUGAUUGUUAGGUUUUUAAUCACCAUUGGGAGUGCAAUGUAUUGUAAUGCUUUUUUCCUCAGUUGGUUAGAACAAAAAUGGCAGACUUGUUACUUACUUGUUCCGAUGACAAUAUCCGGUGAAAAUUUCUUAUUUGGGUCAUAUAUUCCAAGAUGUAGGCUAGAAUCUGUUUUUCAUAAGUACAGUAUCCACACCAGUGCAGUGAUUGACAGCCACACAUUCACCUCAAAACAUUAGAUUCAUCUGCGCAAGAGCCGUUGAGGUGCACAACCCAUGCAAAGAUGAUAAUUCUGCAAAUAACUGCAAUUGUAGGUUUCAAACAGAGAUGGCGACAAAGAGGCAAAAUUUAUGGACUGCAGCUUUAAAUGAAUAAGAGUUUAUUAGAAUGCAUUUUCAUGACUUUAACCAGCAGAUGCGGAGAUUCCAGCGCUUUGAUUCAUUUUUUGAAGCAACUGGUUCGAUUGAAUAGAUGUUUCAAAAAGCAUUGCUUCUCCCGUCACUUUUAUAAAUGUUAUGUCUUCUGUUAUAUAAUCACAAGUUUUGAUUAAUUUACUGGUUUCCUUUGAUUUCUAUUAAAUGUGUGGUUUCUCUGGCUUGGCUUGAAAUAAAAUGACUUUGGACACUCA